AUGACGCGAUAUCCCACCUACGUGAAAGAUCGUCGGAUGAAAGUGCUGACGGUCAGCUGCGCCGUUUACAUCAUCAUCUGCUUCAUGUUCAUCGUUGCUGACGUGAGCGUGGAUGCUUACGCUUGCAGUGUCAAGAAAGCUCGACAGAGGAAGGAAGUUGUACACGACAUGAACAGAGAUCUCUUGGAGAAGUCGGUGGAGGACGAGGGUUCAGAAUAUAAGAGAGUCCAAGAUGCGGUCACUGCGUCACUUUUGCCCUCAUCUGAGUAUGAGGAUGUUACGUGGGUCACGCAGGGAACUGUGAAUCACCUGCGAAGAGCAGCUAUUCUUGCCGAUGCUUGGAAGGGGCCGCUGUCGAUAGCAUUCUUCCUUUGGACUGGCAAGGACGUUGCGCCAACGAUUAAAGCAAUCGAGUGUCUGAGGGCCUCCCAUCCAUUAGUAAAGCAAUACGCCACAUUCAGCUUCAGCUUCCACCGUUACAUUCAGGAAGAGGAAUCGGAUUGGAAAUACUGGAAUGGGAGCUGCGAUGCCAUCGACGAGGCCUUGGAGCGCCUUACGUCGCGCAGGGAAAACUUCAUGGAAACCAGAGUUCCAUAUCCAGUCGGCCUUAUGAGAAACGUGGCACGAAAGAGUUCCCGCACCCAUUUCUUUACAAUCUGCGACAUGGACAUCACUCCCAGCCUCGGGCUUCGAACGGAUUUUCUGCAAAUGUUGACAAGGGAAGGUCUGCUGAACGAAGAGAAAUCAUUAUACGUCAUGCCGGUCUUCGAAGUGCAGAUAGGUGUAUCCAUGCCAAGUGGUAAAGAAGAACUGAAGACUUUGGUUCAGAAGGGAACUGCCCGACAGUUCUACAUUUCCUUGACUCCUACUGCUCAAGGACCAACUGAUUACGCAAGAUGGUUCAACCUCCCACCCAGUAAGGAAAUGAGGCCUGCUUAUGAGGUAGAAUGGAGUUUCUUCUAUGAGCCUUUCUUCAUUCUCUCCUCCUCCGCUCCCUAUUACUAUGAAGGAUUCAAGGAGUACUCCUACGAACGAGGAAGCUUCGCGUGCGAGUUGAAAGCCCGUGGCUGGAAAUUCUUCGUCCUGAACAACGCAUUUGUGCUCCACGACGGAUUCAAAUUAACCAACAUGUUCGAAUUCUUCUUGAACAAGAAAGUCAGGAAGGAACUGGCGAAGACGGCAAUCAACCACCGCCUCUACCGAGCGGAGCUCAUCGCAAAGAUCGGGAGCCAAGCCAAGAAAUGCUCCUCCCUCUCUUACCGAACCCUGGAAGUUCUGCUUGUGCUCGCCGGACAUUUAUAAGGAAUACACGUCCAGCAAAAUGAGGAAGCAAGAAAACAUCUAGCAUAUUUUCACUGGUGAUUUUCACGCUAUUCUUCAAUUCUCAGUCAGCA